UUGAAAAGAAGAAAAAAAACAACUAAAUUGUCUCCUUCACGAAAGGGUGAUCCUCUUUAAAUACCCCCACUCUUUAACACCCUCUACAAAAAAUCAUUCGCUCCUCCUUUCCUUUGUCCCAAACACACUUCACUUCCACUCAUUCCCUUUAAUUUGUGGCUCUUCAAGUUCCUUGUUAGAUAAGAUUUAUACAAAUCCCUUCACAAAAUCUACAACAUCAUUUAUCAAAUCACCGUGCCAACCCAACCCCAGCUCAAUUCCAUUUCAUUUUAAAUUCUCAUUCUCAAAAAAAACCAAACCAAAACAACGUUGUUUGAGUUAGUUACUUGUUUUAGUUCAACCAUGAGAGAGGAGCAGAACGACACCGUUUUAGCAGCCACAAACGACGACGUCCCAUCCGGCGUCGUUUUGUUCGGGAAAUACGAGCUGCGGAGUUUACUCGGUGUAGGCGCGUUCGCCAAGGUUUACCACGCCACGCGCGUGGACACGCGCGAGAGCGUGGCGGUGAAGGCCGUGAAAAAAACAAAGGUCCUCAACGGCGGCUUCGCCGCCAACGUGGAGCGCGAGAUCUCCAUCAUGCGCCGCCUCCACCACCGCAACAUCAUCAACCUCUUCGAAGUCCUCGCCACCAAGACCAAAAUCUACUUCAUAAUGGAGUUCGCCGCCGGCGGCGAACUCUUCCACGAGGUCGCCGGAAAAGGACGAUUCACGGAGGAAGGCGCCAGGUUCUACUUCCGGCAACUCAUCUCCGCCGUGAAACACUGCCACGCCCGCGGCGUCUUCCACCGCGACCUGAAGCUCGAUAACCUCCUAGUCGACGAAAACGGAAACUUAAAAGUCUCGGAUUUCGGGUUAAGCGCGGUUUCGGGUCAGAUCCGACCCGACGGUUUAUUGCACACCGUUUGCGGGACCCCUACCCACGUGGCACCCGAGAUUCUGGCGAAGCGAGGCUACGAUGGCGCCAAGGUGGAUCUGUGGUCAUGCGGCGUCGUUUUGUUCACUCUCACCGCUGGUUAUUUACCCUUCAAUGAUUACAAUAUUACCGUAUUGUAUAGAAAGAUUUACCGCGGUCAAUUCCGUUUCCCCAAGUGGAUGUCCCUUGAUCUGAGAUUCCUCUUAUCACGCCUUCUCGACACGAAUCCCGAGACGCGGAUCACCGUUGAUGAGAUCUAUAAUGACACGUGGUUCAACGCGGGUGAGUUCCGGCCCGACCGGGUUUUGCUCAAGGAGUGUAAUAAUAACAAUAAUAAUAAAUUUGGAUGCGAAGACGGUCGAACCGGGUUGGAGUCGCUGAACGCGUUUGACUUGAUUUCGUUUUCCACCGGGUUGGACAUGUCGGGUUUGUUUGAGGAUCCGAUCCGAUCGGACUCGGUGGAGCGGGUUGUGUCUGCGGCGGCGCCGGAGCGCGUCAUGGAGAGGGUGGAGGCGGUGGCGGCGGAGGGGAGGGUGGUGGUGAGGAGGGAAGGGAAGGGUGGCGGAGCCAAGUUGGAAGGGCAGGAUGGUAAUUUGAUUGGCGCUGUCGCGGUUUACCGGUUAACGGAUGACCUGGUGGUGGUUGAAAUGAAGAGGAGUGAGAAGGGAGGGGAAUGUGGUGCGCAGUUUUGGAAAGAAAAAUUGCGGCCUCUGCUUGUUGAAUUCGCGGCUGAACGGGAAGCGCCGGUGUCCCGGUGACUUAUUGAGAGUAUUUUUUGGUAUCUAUGUUUUUUUGUUUUGGGUACCAAUGGUAAUCCAUUGUUUAUUAUUACUCAAGGGUUUCGAACAUGUUUUACGGAACUUAAAUAUUUGUACAUAAUUAAGAAAUUAAAGAUGUUAAAUAAAACACUUACAAAUACUUUAGGACA